AUGACAUCAACCUCUGAUCCUGAGCAAGCGAUUUUUUGGUUGCACGAGCCGCAAAAUAAUUGUUUCUGGAAUGGGGCUCUGGAUGUGGUCUCCACCCAAAAUGGUGCAGGUGUGGUCUCUAAACGGUCGAUAGAAAAGGGCACUGUAUUGCUCAAGGUGCCCAAAGAAUCCAUCUUGUCUGCACGUACCACCUUCAUAGCAAACUUACUCAUCGAUGCUGAGAUAUAUGGCAUGCACGCCUUGGUGAUCGCCUUGAUUUACGAAAAAAACGCCCUUGCAGAAAGUCCCUGGUACCACUACAUUAAUUCCAUAAAUUUCGCAGAUAAGACAAUCCCCCCUUGCUUAUGGCACCCAACGCAUAAACGUCUGCUCGAUAACACAGAGGCUGAUCUUAUGGGUGUCCUGGACGACUCAGAGUUGCUCGAUCAUUUCCAAAUGGCGCAGGACUUCGCCCGUCAAUAUGCAUCCAUGCUGCCCGAGCCCCCAGAACUCAGUAAUAUCUCACACUUUGCAACCAUCGUUUUGGGCGUGGCUUCGCGCGCAUUUGAAAUCGACGAUUUUCAUCUAUCCGCAUUGGUACCAGGAGCAGAUCUUUUUAACCACGAACCGCACGGCGACGAGUCAGCUCAUUUCGAAAGUUUGGCAGGGGUGUGUCCCGACUGUGGCAAAAUUGAGUGCGUCCACGGCGUCUAUUCCGACGCCGACGAGUCCGACCAGGUUUGCGAAAUCGUCGCUCACUCCGCCGUCCCUGCAAAUACCGAAAUUUUCAACACCUACGGCCCGCUGUCAAACUCCGAGCUUUUGGCAAGAUACGCCUUUUGUGUCGAUAACAACCACUUCGACACAGUCUGUUUGGGCAGACAGAUCUCUGCGCUCCGCAAGAAGGCCGGGCCCCAGAUAGCAAGACGUAUCAAGUGGUGGUCACUAACUGCACCCAAACCGUGGCUAUUGGACUGCUUUGUCAAAGCUGACGGUAAACCGUCCAAGGAGCUCUGUGCGGUGGCAAAGCUCUUCACCGCACCGGGAAAAACCGUCCAGAGAUCUCAUUUAACCAAACUGACUCCGUCAUCGAGGAAACUCAUCCAGCAUUGGUGUCGUCAGCGUAGACUGCCGGAAAUCGCCAUCUCCUUAGACGACCCGCAAAGAGAGGCCCAGAUCAAGUGCAUCAGACAGUCCGAGAACGCCAUCCUUGACAGAUGCAUAGCGUUGAUGGACCGUCCAUAA